CUCCCCCCUCCCUUCCACCACACCCUCAAUCCCAACACCAGCAGCAGCAGCAGCAGCAGCACCCCCACCCCAAUGACCCUCAUAACCCAAGGCGCCGAAGCCCACCUCUACAAAACGACCUUCCUCUCGCCCGCCCACCCCGCGGCAUUAAAAAUCCGCCCCUCCAAACCCUACCGCCACCCGAUCCUCGACCGCCGCUUGACGCGUCAGCGCGUGUUACAAGAAGCGCGGUGCAUGGCGCGUCUCGUGCGCGAGGGGGUGAAUGUGCCGGGCGUGUUGGGGGUGGAUUGGGAUUUGGGGUCGAUUGAGUCAUGGAAGAAGGAGGGGGGUGGAGAGGGGGGAGAGGCAGGGGCAGGGGCAGGGGCAGGGGCAGGGGCGUGGAUUCUCAUGGAAUGGAUCCCGGGGUGUGUGGUGCGGGUGGUUAUUUCGCGGUGGGAGAAGUUUGUUGCGCGGGGGGGUGCGCAGUUGGAGACGAGUGCAGAAGCAGAAGGGGAGAGGGAGAAAGAGAAAAUCCGGGGAUUGCUUCGUCGGGUUGGGGCGGCUGUGGGGGCUUUGCAUAAGGCCGGGGUGGUGCAUGGGGAUUUGACGACGAGUAAUUUGAUUCUUCGGGGGGUGGACGAGGAGGAGGGGGAGGAGGGGUGGAAAGAUGGGGAGGAACCGAAUCUGGAGGGAGAGGUCGUGUUGAUUGAUUUUGGACUCGCCAGUCAGAGUAUCCAGGAUGAGGAUCGGGCGGUGGAUUUGUAUGUCUUGGAACGGGCGUUUGGGAGUACGCAUCCUCGUACGGAGCCGUUGUUUGGGGAGGUGUUGGAGGGAUAUCGGGCGAGUUAUCGGGGGGCGGGGUCGGUGUUGAAGAGAUUGGAGGAUGUGAGGAUGAGGGGGAGGAAGAAGAGUAUGUUGGGGUGA